ACACAUUACCGGCUACGCACGCCCAGUAGCCCCGAAAUCACCUCCCGUAGCUUGCCAUCAGCUCUUUCAAUCACAACAUGUCCUUCGCUCGCGCCGCGUCGAAGGUCAGCCGAGUGGGCGUACGAGUCCCGGCCUACCGAGCAACCCCCGUUGCGUUGAACACCCAGCGUGCUUUCUCGCAGUCGGCUAUCCGCAAGAGCGAUGCGCAUGCCGAGGAGACCUUUGAAGAGUUCACGGCCAGGUACGAGAAGGAAUUCGAGAAGGUGAACGACGUUUUCGAGCUUCAGCGAAACCUGAACAACUGCUUCGCCUACGAUCUCGUUCCUUCAACCACCGUCAUCACCGCCGCUCUCCGCGCUGCCAGGCGUGUCAACGACUUCCCCUCCGCUGUCCGUGUUUUCGAGGGUAUCAAAUUCAAGGUCGAGAACAAGGGUCAAUAUGCAGAGUACCUCCAGGAGCUUGAGCCCAUACGUGAGGAGCUCGGCAUCCCUCUCAAGGAGGCCAUGUACCCCGAUGAGAAGUAGAGAAAGAGGUUGAGGCUGCGCAUAUCCGCUUUCCCCAUGUUCCUACUCCACAUCUUGACAUCGAAUACCAUGGUGCGGCUCUCCAACAAUGUAAAUGUCAACACUUCAGUUUUCUUCUCUUAGAUGGAAAGGCCGGACGAGGACGUGCGGCCUUGUAAACAUAUGUGAUGUUUCUCCUUUGCAUACAUGAUUACGUCAAACCGCUUAUGACUGGGGUUUUGGUGGUAAGCGAGGCGACGGCAAGUAGAUGGAUAAGAGUACAUCGUUUUGAAGCUCA